CGCAGCUCAUUCCGUUGAAAAUUGUCGAACGCGUUCGAACUAUUGAAAACCUAAAAAAAAACAUAUCAAGUUGUGCAAUUCCUAGAUUCGAUAAAAGUCCUCAAAAACAAAAGCGGAUAUUUCGAUUUCUAUUCUUGUGAUUUGAAAAGUGUUUGGUGUUAAUGAAAUACAGAAAUAAUCGUGGAACAAUUCUACAAAUACAAUUCAGAACAUUUUUACUUGAGCUGUGAGUUUCAAUAACGAACGGGAAAUAAUACUACGAUUUUAACGAAAGAAAAGGAUUUUCUAAACACGGAUUAUAUCACAUUUAAAAUAAUCAUUUUUGUGGGCUGUGAGAUGUAAAUGCAACAUUUACUAAUUGUAUGAUUACAACGAAUUUUCCGCUAACUUCAACGCUCUUCCCAACAU